AUGUUUUCCUCAUUCACUACAAGAGAUCGUCUCCGUCGGUCCAUGUCCUCUCGUUCUAUCCGCAAGACUCCCCGUCCUGUAGUAGGCAUCGUCGAUCCCAAUGUCGCCAAGGCCCACGCGGCAGCCGCAGCAUCAAAAGCCAUGCGCUCAGGCGAAGGAUCAUAUCCAGUGUCCGGAAAUUCGUACGAUCGACUGGGUGGGCCAACACAAAUGGCUGUACCUAGACGCCGACCGAACUGCAGUCUGCAGGGAAUAGAUGAUGGUUUCUCGGUCUCCUCAGCACCUGCUUACCCCCCAGUGACACCACGCCAGUCGAUGGAGUCGGGCUCUCGACCUUGUAUCGCAGAGUCAACUCUUCCUCCACCGCAUACGGAUUUUAGAGGCCUUGACGGACGUGAUAGCUCUGUUCCUUCUUCGUUUCGCCGACUCCGCAAAGCCAAGUCCAUGUUCUCCACCAGACAGCGCUUUUCAAAUAUCACCUACAAAGCGUCUCCGAAGUCUCCAAAGUCUCCUCGGCAUGGUAUUGACCUUGAAAGAAGCCCAGGAUUCGAGCUGCCACGCACAUUGAGACCUUCCAUCUCUUUCAUCCACGGAGGGAAACUUCCAGGAUCUCGAGGCGUUCCUCAUGCCAAAAGCCACGAUGUCGCCACCCAGCUUGCACGCAGCCAGUUUCUUGAGGAUUCGGGGGGAUCAGGUCCCGUCAGACACCCAUCCUUCUUGUCCAGGAACAAGAGGGAGCCCAAGCCGUUCCGCAAAACAUUCCGCGUCACAAGCGAUGCUGGUAUCGGUGCAUUUUCUCCCGAGCAGGCCAACUUCGAGCGCUCUCGCAAUAAAUCGAGAAUCUUCUCUGCAUCAUUCAAGAAAGGAUUGAAACGCGUGUUUGGGCUCUCAAAGCCUGUCGAGCAGAAGCUCCAUCUUCACGAUCAAAAUAUUUCCAUUCCAGUUGAGAAGCUAGCUGUGAAGGCUCUGCCUGUCAGUAUUACAGCCGACCAGGGCGUCAGUCUGAAGCCUACAAAUGAGACGGACCAAUUGAAGCCAACUCAGGUGUCUUCUGGUCGUGACAGCAUCUGUUCAUCCGCCUCGCGCGUCACCAGCUGGGCCGAUACGACCGCCGCCAACACCGUCGCUACUCGAAAGACUGGUCAUCGCCAGUCACUUUCCUCGAUUGAAGAGCAUGGAGACUUGGACCAACCACUUCCUCGAAUGUCAGAUCAGGUCGGCUCGGGCUACAAUUCGCCUAGCAAGAGAUCGAGCGCUCACAAUUUGGAUCCCUGGGUCAACAGCCACGAUUUAUACGCUGCAUUGAUCAAGCAGAUUGGACAAAAACUAGUGUCUAGCCCAGAAGAGGAGAUAACUUUCGGCACUGUGCCCGGACACAGUGUGAUUCCAGAACGCACCACCUCUAUUUAUUCUCACCGUAGCAGACAAUCCGUCCGCCAUGUUGCAAGUGGAGAUUCUUCACCUGUGUCAUUUGCAACUGCACACCGCGGUGAUUCCCAGUCUCCCUGGAGACAGCCUCAGUCAAAAAGAAACGUUCGACCAUCCCAUGUUUCUCGGUACUUGCCUGGCGAAGAGAACCGUCGACCUUUGAGUCCCCACGCUGUGGAUAAAACUCCCCAAUCGGCAUUCAUCAUCGAUGAACAUUCCGAUGAAUCAACCGGGAGCAUUGUCAUUACCAAUAGUGAAGACAUGCAGAAUGUGUCAAGAUCCUCGAGUGUCUACUCUCGCAGCAGCAGGGGUAGGACUCUUACUGAAGACAUCAUGACUGAUGAUGACCAGUCUCUGGGCACAUUCGAAGAACCAGGUACAGUGACUAUAUUUCCUUCUCAGCGCCACAUUUCUCCAACCCGGAAGCCUAGAUCAAACCCCCCAGGGUCUCAGGUGCAGGCAAGCGCCGAUUGGCAGCAGUGGAUGAAUUCGCAGAUCGGCAGAAUUGAGACCACGACUCCCACGAGGGAACACUUCCGGGAGGACGCACAGUACCAGGAAGAUGACGAUGAACUCUUCAUGGGCAUGAUACGGCGAGCCCAGGGGCCAAGUCCAGAUUCGACCGUUACUCCAUAUGUUGAAGGGCCAAAUGAGCCAGCGCGUAUUGAAGCCCAGGUACCGAUAGAUCUUAAAGUUCUGGCUCAAAACAACUUUUCUCGUCCUUUCAGUCGCUCAACGAGUGUUCGAACCAUUGUCAGUUCGCAAAAGAUUGAGCCCAGCUUCGCAGAGAUAGAGUACAACAACCCCUCUGACGCUUAUAUCAACGCCAAUCAGGCUGAAGAUACCGUGCCCAGACUUCAAAAUUCCAGGGAAAGCUCCCUUUCGCCAAUGUGCGUACGAGCGGCCAACCUUCGUGAAGCGCCCGACUCUCCUACUCCUCGGCGCGAUGCUGCAGGGUUCCAGAAGCGAACCUGGACACUGGAGCAGUACCCGCGAUAUUCUGCACGGCACCCAGUCACAAACGGGAGGCCCAAUUCCUUCCGGUCCAUGCGGACGUAUCGAGAUUUCCGCGGUCUGAACAACGAAAACACACGUCAGCAGAAGGAACAUGACGAGAUGAUGGGCCAGUACCACAAGCUCCAGGGCAAUCACUCGACUGUUUCCAGCAAGCACAUGGUUGACAUCUUUUUGGACAGUCGACGUCGUCCAAUGGAUACAGCGGUACCAAACCAAACAGCCAAUGUAUUUCUAUAA